AUGCCGGCCGUACCGUCCAUCUCACGGCAAAAGGCUGUCGAGUCGAUCCGAGAGCAGUUCACACUCGACAAGCCUUUGCUCGAGUCGCUCAUCGCACGAUUCCAGGAGCUCUACGAUUACGGCCUUGCCAACCAUGGCGCUGAGAUGCAGAUGAUCCCAUCCUUCGUCACCGGCGUUCCCACUGGCUCGGAAAAGGGCACGUACCUUGCUCUCGACUUGGGAGGAACCAACCUCCGAGUUUGUGAAGUGGCGCUCGACGGCAAGGGGACGUUCACCAUCAAGCAGGAAAAGUACAAGGUAUCUGACCAGCUCAAGCAGGGCCCUGCGCGCGAUCUGUUCGACUACAUGGCAACCAGCGUCGACAACUUCUUGACCGAUUUCGGAACAACUUCGACCGAAGAUGUGCUCCACCUCGGCUUCACUUUCAGCUUUCCUGUCGAACAGACCGCCAUCGACCGUGGUCAUCUCAUCCACUGGACCAAAGGCUUCAACUGCCCCGACGCUCCUGGAAAGGAUGUCGUCCAGUUGUUGCAGGAUUCGCUCGAUAGGAAGCACAUCAAGGUCAAGUGCAGCGCUCUCGUAAACGACACCGUCGGUGCCCUCUUGGCACACGCGUACGCUUCCAACGGUGCCCUGAUCAGUGCCAUCUUCGGAACAGGUACCAACGGCGCUUACCUCGAAGACAUCUCCAAGAUCAAGAAGCUCAAAACCGCCCAAGGAUCCAUCACCCACAUGGUCGUCAACACCGAAUGGGGAGGAUUCGACGACGAACGCAAGGCGCUGCCCGUCACCAUCUUUGACAACAAGGUCGACAGAGAGUCGAUCCGACCAAGAAACCACAUCUUCGAAAAGAUGAUCAGCGGCAUGUAUCUGGGUGAAGUGACACGUUGCGUUUUGCUUCAUCUCAUCGAUCAGCUUGUCUUGUUCCAAGGUUUCGCCUCCAAAGCGUUCAAUACGCAAUACGCGUUCGACACGGCGUUCAUGUCGGCGAUCGAGGCGGACAAGGAGGAUGCUGCAUCGCCUACCAGUGCGACGCGAAAGGUGUUGGUGCAGACAAUGGGCGUCAAGGACGAGUAUGUGUCCAAGGAGGAUGUCGAGACGGUGCGCACCAUCUGCGAGAUCGUCGGCACGCGAGCGGCGAGAUUGAGCUCAGUGGCCAUCGCAGCUACCAUGGUACAGACGGGCAAUGUGCAGGGGAAUGGUGCGAACGAUGAUGGUGUCAAGGUCGGCAUGGAUGGUAGUGUCAUCGAGUUUUACCCACGACUUGAUUCGGCCAUCAAAACGAUAAUCCAAUACAGUGCUUUCUACAUCACCGAUCUCUCGAAUCUCACACUGAGGAAACAGCAUUCCGACGAGCGUAGCGUCAAAUCAAGCUGA